CGCCGCCAAAGCUGCCCAACACAUACACGAAUGUCAGACACUUCGCGGUCGGUCGGCAGAAACAUUUAUACGGGCGAAAAGUUACAAAAAAUAAUUUACCCACUUUCCAAUGGCAAAAACGACGAAACUGUAAAAAAUCGGUCCAGCGAUUUGUGUGCAGAAUAUAGGAAUAACCAGCGAUAAAACGUGCUAAUCCGGGGCAUAAAACUGGAUAUGCAAAAUGCGAAGUAGUCCGGACGUGGAGUGCCACUGAGUGCCGGUUCCGUCUGCGGGAAAGUUAAUAAAACGGAUCAACUGCCAUCGAAAAAUUUAUAGGAAGAGAAGAAGAAAAGAAAAGAACAGAACUGAAAAAAAACAAGAACCAUAAAACACUGGCAAAAAGUAUUUUAGUCAACGUCGUUGUGAGAGGAGUUUCUUUGAGGGAGUGGAGUGCCCGUGGAUAACCGGAAGGAAGCGGUGAACACAGGAGGAGGAGCAGCAGGACUUCCGCUCCGAGAAAUUGGUGUCCACCUCGGAACUAUCGCUAUUGUUCUAGCCGGCAACAUACCAGCCUAACAACAACAUGUAUCCCUCACCGGUGCGCCACCCUGCCGCCGGGGGACCACCACCUCAGGGUCCAAUUAAAUUCACCAUCGCCGACACAUUGGAGCGUAUCAAGGAGGAGUUUAACUUCCUGCAGGCGCAGUACCACAGCAUCAAAUUGGAGUGCGAGAAGCUGUCGAACGAGAAGACGGAGAUGCAGCGCCAUUAUGUUAUGUACUAUGAGAUGUCCUAUGGCCUUAACGUGGAGAUGCACAAACAGACGGAGAUCGCCAAACGGCUGAACACACUGAUCAACCAGCUACUUCCAUUCCUUCAGGCCGACCACCAGCAGCAAGUGCUGCAAGCGGUGGAGCGGGCGAAGCAAGUGACCAUGCAGGAGCUCAACCUGAUCAUUGGGCAACAGAUCCACGCCCAGCAGGUGCCUGGCGGACCACCACAGCCGAUGGGUGCACUGAAUCCAUUUGGCGCCCUGGGCGCCAGCAUGGGCCUGCCACACGGACCGCAGGGUCUGCUGAACAAACCGCCCGAACACCACAGGCCGGAUAUCAAACCCACGGGUCUAGAGGGGCCAGCCGCCGCCGAGGAGCGAUUGCGCAAUUCGGUUUCUCCGGCUGAUCGUGAGAAGUACCGCACACGCUCGCCGCUGGACAUCGAGAACGACUCGAAGCGUCGAAAAGAUGAGAAACUGCAAGAGGAUGAAGGCGAGAAAAGCGAUCAAGAUUUAGUCGUAGAUGUUGCAAAUGAAAUGGAAUCCCACUCACCGCGCCCCAAUGGCGAGCACGUAUCAAUGGAGGUGCGUGAUCGAGAAAGUUUGAAUGGCGAGCGCCUGGAGAAACCCAGUAGUAGUGGCAUCAAGCAGGAACGACCGCCCUCACGCUCCGGCUCCAGUUCGUCACGUUCCACACCCAGCCUCAAGACAAAAGAUAUGGAAAAGCCGGGUACACCGGGCGCCAAGGCACGCACACCAACACCGAACGCCGCUGCUCCGGCGCCAGGUGUUAAUCCUAAACAAAUGAUGCCGCAGGGACCACCGCCAGCCGGAUAUCCGGGUGCACCGUAUCAGCGACCGGCCGAUCCCUACCAGCGUCCACCGUCGGAUCCAGGCUAUGGACGACCGCCACCAAUGCCGUAUGAUCCGCAUACGCAUGUGCGAACCAAUGGCAUUCCACAUCCCUCGGCCCUGACGGGUGGAAAGCCUGCAUACUCUUUCCAUAUGAACGGCGAGGGUAGCCUACAACCGGUGCCGUUCCCGCCGGAUGCGCUGGUGGGCGUUGGAAUUCCUCGACACGCCCGUCAGAUCAACACACUGUCGCACGGAGAGGUCGUCUGCGCGGUAACCAUCUCCAAUCCCACAAAAUACGUUUACACGGGCGGCAAGGGCUGCGUCAAAGUGUGGGACAUCUCGCAACCGGGCAACAAAAAUCCUGUCAGCCAGCUGGAUUGCCUGCAGCGCGACAACUACAUCCGUUCGGUGAAGCUACUACCCGACGGACGUACGCUGAUCGUUGGUGGUGAGGCGUCUAACCUGUCUAUCUGGGACUUGGCCAGUCCGACGCCUCGCAUCAAAGCGGAACUAACCUCAGCGGCGCCUGCAUGCUAUGCCCUGGCAAUUAGCCCCGAUUCGAAGGUGUGCUUCUCGUGCUGCAGUGACGGCAACAUCGCCGUGUGGGACCUGCACAACGAGAUCCUGGUACGUCAGUUCCAGGGGCACACGGACGGCGCCUCAUGCAUCGACAUUAGUCCGGACGGCUCAAGGCUGUGGACGGGCGGUUUAGACAACACGGUACGCUCCUGGGAUCUGCGCGAGGGUCGCCAGCUGCAACAGCACGACUUCAGCUCUCAAAUAUUCUCGCUCGGCUACUGCCCCACAGGCGACUGGCUGGCUGUGGGAAUGGAGAACUCGCAUGUAGAGGUGUUGCACGCAUCGAAACCGGACAAGUAUCAACUGCAUCUGCACGAGAGCUGCGUUCUGUCGCUGCGCUUUGCCGCUUGCGGCAAAUGGUUCGUUUCCACCGGCAAAGACAACCUGCUUAACGCAUGGCGAACACCCUACGGUGCCAGCAUAUUCCAGUCGAAGGAAACAUCAUCCGUACUUAGCUGCGACAUAUCAACUGACGACAAGUAUAUUGUGACGGGUUCGGGCGAUAAGAAGGCUACUGUCUACGAAGUUAUUUAUUAAAUCCACACAAACCAAGCAGUUUUUCAUUUUGUAAUAAGCUCGUAUAGUUUUUAUUACAACAAAAACAAUUAACUACAACAAACAAAAUGUUCGAAAUCAUGCAAGUAACAACAGAAAAGAAAACAACCAGCAGCAUCAGCAGUUAAAACAACAGCAACACCAACAACAAGAAAAGGCGGCAGUAGCAACGCAUCAAAAAGCGAAGCAAAAAAUGAAAAUUCUAUAAUAUAUAUACAAAAAAGGAAAAACUAAAAUUUUAAGCGUACUUGUAGCUACUAAGCCUAAGCUAAGUCCAAUAAAUAAAAACAAACCAA